GUUUAUGGUUCUGGCAGAAGUUGAAGUUUUGUUUUCUUACAGCUGAUGUCGUCUGGCAUUGGCACGGAUGUUCGAUGUUGAUGUUAAAGAUCAAAUAAAAUUUACUUAUAAUUCUUUAGUUUGAAAAUAUUUUCUUUUAUUACACUGUAAAUUUUUUACCUAGUGGACGAACUUUAUUGUAUUUUAGUUACAUUACUGAACGUUGUUACGAUUUUUCUGUUAUCAUACAAGUGACAUGGAUAAAGUCUUGGUAUGCGUGGAUUUCGAUCAUACUUUAGUUGAUGCCAAUACAGAUGUAGAAAUAAAAUCUUUAGCAAAUGGAAUAACCAUCCCUGAAGAAAUUGAAGCUAUGUCCAAAGUAUCAAAUGGUUGGACAGCUUAUAUGCGUGAAAUGUUUAAAUUUCUCUUCAAGAAUAAUGUUACAAAAGAAGAUUAUGUUCGCUGCAUUUCAAGUUUGCAACCUAUGACCGGUAUGAAAGAUCUUUUGUAUCAAAUGCACGAAAGUGGGGAUUGUGAAUUAAUCAUCGUCUCUGAUGCUAACUCCUUUUUUAUCCAAGAAUUUUUAAAGCACUAUCAAUUGGAUCGAAUAAUAUCUGCAAUAUUCACCAACCCAGCUGAAUUCGAUGAAGAAGGCUGUCUUCAAAUUCAAGAGUUUCAUAAGAGCUCUUGUAAAAGAUGCCCUCCUAACCUUUGUAAAGGUGAAAUUCUAGUCAAUUAUAAUGCUAAAAGAUUAGAAGAAGGUACACAUUUUACUAGAACAUUGUACAUUGGAGAUGGUCGAAACGAUGUAUGUCCAGCUGUUAGACUGGGAAUGAAUGAUUAUAUUUUUGCUAGAGCUGGCCACAGACUGUUAAGAGCACUGGAGAAAAUGCCUGCUCGGGAUGUUAAAGCAUUUGUUAUAUCUUGGGAAACUGGGAAUGAUAUAAGAAAUUACUUGUUAUCAUUAUAGAAUUUUCCACUAUGUACAUAAAUUAUUUUUAUUGUUUAAAAAUUGCCAAUAUUGUAGUUUAUUUUUCCACAAUAAAUCCCCAUUAGUUACUAAA